AGGGGGGUAUUACUUACUUUUUAUCUUCCCUCGCUCGCCGUCUCCCUUAUCGGUUCUUUUUUCUCUCUUCGAAAAUCCGUCUUCCAAAUUCCUGCACUGAAAGGGAGAGGAACCCUAAUUUUUUGGCUGCAAAAUGUCGGGGAAGGGAGCCAAGGGUCUGAUAAUGGGCAAAUCUGCCUCCAACAACAAGGACAAGGAUAAAAAGAAGCCCGUUUCUCGCUCCUCUCGCGCUGGUCUCCAGUUUCCAGUGGGUAGGGUUCACCGGCAACUGAAAUCAAGAGUUGCUGCAAACGGACGGGUCGGGGCCACAGCAGCUGUAUACACAGCAGCAAUCUUGGAGUACCUGACUGCAGAAGUGUUGGAGCUGGCCGGGAAUGCAAGCAAGGAUCUGAAGGUGAAGCGUAUAACACCGAGGCAUUUGCAGCUUGCAAUAAGAGGAGACGAGGAGCUCGACACACUGAUCAAAGGAACCAUUGCUGGGGGUGGAGUCAUCCCUCACAUCCACAAGUCACUCAUUAAUAAAUCCUCCAAGGAAUAGGUUGUCUCAGUUAGUCUACUUCGGUUUUUUUUAUGUUCAAUCUUACAGUUUAGCUGAGUGUCAUAUGGUUGUCAUGUGUCUUUGUCGUGUGUCUAAUUUAGUGUCACAUUAUGAUCUACUUUUGUGAUAUUGCUCUAUCCAUUUGGUUGGGGGAGGAGAUAUGAUAUUUUUCUCGUCUUGUAAGUUCUAAGAUCAAAAUAUUUAAUUUUUAGAGUCUGUUUUCUGACUUUGUGUUGCGUUGAGACCACUAUCCAUCCAUAUUACCCCAAUGUAAUUGACUUCUCAUUAUUCA